AUGAGCGCGAAACAAAUGCAUGUGUGUGAUGACCGUCCGCGCGAAGUGGGGGGCGUCAACACCUUACCUAAUGGGUUCCAACCCUACCAAGCUGCCAUCGGUGUUGAGCCCCUCUCUCCCCCCUCUCUCUCCCCCCUCUCUCCCCCCUCUCUCUCUCUUAGAGAGAGCCCCCCCCCUCUCUCUCCCCUCUCUCUCUCCCCCCUCUCUCUCUCCCCUCUCUCUCUCCCCUCUCUCUCUCCCCUCUCUCUCUCCCCUCUCUCUCCCCUCUCUCUCUCCCCCCUCUCUCUCCCCUCUCUCUCUCUCUUCUUCUGCCAGCUGUAUGGUGCUGAAGCUCUGGGAUUGGGGGUGAUUGAUAUUGGCUGCCUGUCUGCUCUGGCAGCCGAGGAGCAGGUAAUGGAGGCUGGCCUGGGCUUCAUCCAGGCGCCUGGUGUCACCGCUCUUGUGUUGCAGCUAGAGGGUGGUCAUGCUCUCUCUACCGGUACCAGCAUGGGGUCAAAGACCAUUGCUCUUCUUGACCUGGCCGAUCCCGAUUGGCCUGCCUUUGACACGGCCUGGACUGGCACUGACCUUGCCAAUGCAUCCCAGGCCACCGAGCAGGUUUGCGCCCUGCACCUCUCUCUCUCUCUCACACACACCCACCUCGUCCUGCCUAGUGCUGCUGCCUGCACGUCCUUUGACAAGCACAACACACGCUCAUUCAUGCGGCGCUUGCUGGCUGCCAGCAGCCAGCUGGAUGCCCCCAUCAGCGUUUUACUGCCGCAGCAGUCCGCCCUCAUUACCACGGGCACGAGCGCCUCAGGUUCCCUCGUCACUCUGGCCAGCCAUGCAAAGGAAACCCGAGACGCCGCGCGGAUCGAUGUGCGCAUCGACGCAAGCGCAAACACCCUGCAGCUCAUCGUGCAACCCGUUGGCACCACCUCCCUUUCAACCUUCAACCUCUCCCUCAUCGACUUGGCUGCCGGUACCACCCUGUCCCACUUUCAUGACCUCGUCCCGGGUGAGGCAAUUGCUACUGCACUGUCUGAAGCGGCUUGGUCGUCAUUGCAAAGGCGGCGCCUAGCAGCACGGCUGGAGCGCCCACAGGCUCAAAGCGACCUUACUGCGCCCCUCAACCCCUUUCCUGUUUUCGUCAGCGAGCCCCUGAUUCCUACACUUGCUGAGCACGCUACAAUGGAGCAACCAGUGGCCACAAACUGGGCCCAUCGUGCCUUUUCCCCUGUACGCGGCCAGUUGAGCCUUUCCAUCGAUGAUGAUCGAUUUAUCGUGAUCAACGACAACCACACCUCUUCCGUUGUUCACCAGCGCGCAGGCUCUACGGUGCCCUACGACCCUGCCGGCCUGAACCUGAACCUCGUUUUGCGCAAAACCCACCUGACAAAUUCUUGGCUAGAAACGCAACCCCUCGUGACGCGCAUUCUUGACGAAAAUGAUCACCCUCCCACCCUUGCGGCCAGCACAAACUGGCGGCUGGUCGAAAAUCAAACAGCACUGCAAACCGCCGGCCUGCUACAUCUCACAGACUUGGAUGCAGCGCUGGCCCAGCCCUCUCUAACGGUGCUUGCGCCCUACACGGACAACUUUUCCUUUUCAUUGCAAGCGUACAAUGCGACAAACCGAACAUGGACGUUUGCCAUUGCCAGCGCAGCCAGUUGGGAUCGUGAAGCAGGCGCCACUCUCUCCGUUGCGUUUCAAGCUGAUGAUGGUCUGCACACGACCACAAUGGGUGUGACCAUAUCUCUCGUUGACGUGAACGACAAUGCCCCAGAGUUUGCCCUUGACCCGGCAGCUCUGGCCGCCCCGUUGAGCAGUGUUCAAGCCUACCAGGCUGUUGUCAAUGAAACUCUGAGCGUGAACAGCUUGUUGCUUGUUGGUACAGCAAUGGAUCGGGAUGUGGGAGACAACGCCCGUUUAGCCAUUGCCGUAGAUACGAGCCGCAUCGACUGUGAUGCCAAUGCCGCCACUUUCUUCCAGCCCUCACUCGUCCAUACGAAUGCGACAUUUGCCCUGGUAACCGUGCGCUUGCAGCGGCUGCUGGAUUAUGAAACACAACGUCAGCAUACUUUAUGCCUGGCCCUGCGUGACUAUGGUCGCCCGAGCGCCCACUCCACCAUUCUCCGGCUUACCGUUGUCGUGCAAGACGUGCCCCUCGAAGUCCAACUUCAAGCACUUGCGCCCUUGGCAAAUACCGGCCACAUUCUCUACCUUCUGAACCACAACAACGAGCAAAACCCAGCAGAUGAACUCCGCCUCGAGUAUGCCGUUGGUUCAACCUUGCCCGCAGACUGCCUGUUGAGCGACUGGCGCCCAUCUUCUCCCUGUGUCAUGAGCAACGGUGCCUUUUUGGAUCGCAUCAACGGCCACGACUGCACACCCAAUGCUACUGGAGCCGGCCCCUUCUAUCGCCUUGAGCGCCGUCUCAUCGAGCAAGUCCGCGACUACGACGGCUGGGGUCAAGACUGCCCCCGUCUCGAUGUACCCCUGCAUCGCUCCGAAACCGCCCGAUGGUCAUCCUUACCUUUGGCCUUUCGUCGACGCUACCCACAGUCUUGGCAAGUGGGCCAAGCCUACACCGUCCGGCUGGCGAUAUGCGAGCCUAUUACCUGUGCCGCAGCAGCCGCUGCGACCGCCAUCGAUGCUGCACCUUGGCCAAGCACACGCGAACACUGGUCCGCAGAAGCUGCCGUCAACCGCCGGCCUCGUAACGGCUAUCUUCGCAACGACCCAGCACGAGAUGGCUGGGUAGGUAUUGGCGGUCGCUGGGACCCGCAGUCGCCAUGGCUUCAAAAUAUGAGCCGUGCCUCCGCAGUUGGCACCUACAGCAACCCAUGGAUGUCAUGUCCCACUGCCAACAACUGCCUCGUUUCGCGUGGAAGCCACAACAGUCCAGCGUCCUUGCCGCCCGGCCCAACUCCAGUCCAUGCCCGAGUGCGCGCAAACGGGACAAUUGUUCACGCUACAAGCACUCUCGCUUUGGUCCCUUUUGACUCGGCUGCCACUUGGGCUGUGGAAGACGUGCUCGACAGCUGGCCGACUGCUGAGGCUGAGGUUUGGUUGAGCCGCAAUGGCUCUGCGGAUGGCUGUCUCCCCUGUACCACCAUACCUUGUGCCCCUUGCUAUCCGCCUAUAGCCUGGUUCUUCCACUGCUCCCAUACGCUGGGUCCACACAACUCUGAUGCCACGACACCCAGCUGCUCCCCGGCCAACACCAGCACUGUGGCCGAAGACUGGCCUGCUUUCGAUCUCUGGGCGCUGACGCUGCAGAAUCUAACCACCGGCAAGCACGUGUUCAGUGCGAGUGCAUCGAGCAAUGCUUCCUCCACAACACCGGGAUCUGUCACAGUCCGGCUGAAUGUUGAUCUGGAAGCUCCGCGACUGCUUUGGACGGACUGGCCAGAUAACUUUGCUGUUGCAUCAUCGGCCAUUGCCUUUCGCUUUUGGGCGUCAGAAGUGCUGGGGAGCAUUACUUGCAUGCUCAAUAGUACGGUGCUUGACAUGUGCACCACGCUUGAGCCCGAUGCCGAACAACAGUACACCCUUCAGGUCGCGGGCAUCGCGGAUGGCGCCUGGCAUCUGGAGAUUAUUGGAUCUGAUCUCGCUGGCCACCUGGCACAAGCCAACUUGUCGGCCGAUUUUGUUGUGGAUACUCAAGCCCCCGAGGUCCAACUCGUGUCCUGGCCCGACGACAUUUCUUCCCCAAUUGGUGGCCUUACGCGCAUGGUAGGGCCGAAAACCCUGGCUGUUCAGGCCAGUGAAAUGGCUGCGGGCUUUUGGUGCCGACAUACCGUGGUGACCGAAGACGCUGGAUUGCAAGCGUGUUGUGCAGGCGUCACAGCCACAGAUGAUUGUCUUGCAAUCUGUCACAGUGGCACCCUGUUCAAUGCUAGCGCCCCACAACAUUUCAACUCGGAAUGUUUUGCGGAUGGCACGUCAGCACUAGCCAAUCAUUCGACCUAUCAGGAAUUAACUGGACUCACAUACGAACGCUCGGCUCCUGGGGCGUAUGAAGAGCCAGAUACCGGCAUCAAGACCCACGACCAGCGCCUUGCACUUCAGCAAGCUCUUGAGUUGAUUCACAUGUCUGAUCUAUCUGCCAACGGCCUCGACGAACCAGGGUAUAUUGAUGUCGGAGAAGAAACUGUAACAGAUGGCUUUGCUGAAGCGGAGCCCUCAGCGUUAGAUGCUUACGGUGAUGACGAUGACGACGAGGACGAUGAUGAUGAUGAAGAGUUCAUCUAG